CCAUCUUGACUAAUUUGCUCGCAGAAAUCAAAGAGGAGCGAGAGUAACGGGAACCAAGCUGGUCUGGAUAUUAAAUUAAACACCGGAAAACAGGUCUGAAGGCAAAUAUACGCAACUUAAACCAGGCUUGGAUUGGUGGUGAUGGAAGAAUAGAUAUUGGAGCGCCUUUAUCACUGAAGAGGGAUGAAGAUGCUCCCCAUUGCCCUCCUGGAUUUCUCAAGUCACACCCUUAGUUUUGUUUAGAGCCUUUUCAGUUUGUGUUUUUACAAGACCACACACAUUUUUAUUGUGUCUUGCCUGUGUCUUGGCAGAGCAAACAUAACAUUUUGGUGGAGCAACAGUAUUGGCAAAAUUACUUUUAAAAAAAACAUGGCAAACAUGUGCCCUUAUGGCCGUUUCACCCACGCUGUGGUAAGGGGCAUCCCAGAGACCUUUGGGAAAACUGUGAAAGAUGGCCAUGAGAACGGAGAGGUCUCUGUAGACCUGGCCAAAGCUCAACGUCAGUUCGGCUGUCUGACAGGAGCGUUGAGGCAGAAGGUUGGUUUGCAGCUGAUUGAAAUCCCCUCUGACCCUGAGCUGCCAGAGAGCUGGAGGAUAGAGGAUGUGGCAGUCAUCCAAGGAGACACAGCACUCAUCACCAGGCCCUUCAAACAGCAGAGACGCAGUGAGGUGGAUGCAGUGAGAAGGGUAAUGUCAGAGCUCAACCUGACUGUGGUGGAGAUGGAUGGUGAGCAUGGAGACUCUGGAGGGGCCACACUGGAGGGCAGCGAUGUUCUCUUCACUGGGAGGGAGUUCUUUGUCGGCAUUUCCUCCCACACCAACCGCAGAGGGGCAGAGGUGCUGGCAGACACUUUCAGGGACUUUGCUGUGUCCACCGUCCCUGUCUGUGGUGGAGCCCGACUGAAAAAUAUCUGCUCCAUGGGGGGUCCGGACACAAUUAUCAUUGGCAACAGUGAUGGGGCCAAGAAGACGCUUCGGAUGAUGGAGCAGCUGACUGAUCACCACUAUGAAGUUCUCACUGUUCCAGAAGAAUCUGCAGCAAACUGCAUCUACAUUAAAGGACCGUCUAAACGAGACUUCCUGCUACACAGGCCUGCAGAGGAAUGUCCUGACAGCGUCUCUGCCUUCCAGAAGCUGCCAGACUACACCCUCCUGCCGACAGCCUGCAGCGAGGCCUCCAAACUGGGAGCUUCUCUGUCCUCGCUCUGCCUUCUCAUCAACAGAAAGCACACAUAUUUCUGAAAACACCCUCAUAUGACAUGCAUUUAUCUGGUGGCCUGUAAAUCACUUGCUACCUAGUAAAGCUGUGGAUUGAUAAAAGAAACCAAACAUACACACAAUGCAGUUGUAUGAAACUGAAUGAUGCACCAAUAUUGUGGCAGUUGCUCCCCCUGCUGAGAAAAUGUGUCACAACUCUUAUUCCAGUUUCUCUGACCACCGAUGUAAAGAAAUGGAACAGAACUAGUUAAUUUCUGCAGGUUUUACCCAUUAAAAUAACUUUUUUGCAUAAA